UAUAAAUGUCAUGGGUGCUUCGGUGAGCCUCUCUAUUGCACAAGUUAUUGCAGAACCCAGCACCAGAGACUUCUCUUCCAUCGGGUCAGCCAAUGGACAGGCUCCUUCUUUGAGAAAAGUUGUUUGGUCAAGAGUGGGAUUGUGAUCUGGCUUGGCCAUGAUGGAAAGCCAUGUCCG